CAAAUUAAACGUGGACAAAACACACGUUAUACUAAUUUGUUUUCUCGUAUCUCUUGCACGUAUUUGAUAUGUCCGAGACACAUUGUUGGACAGGGGCCAGGGUGAUUUACAGUUCAGUGUUGACUAUAGACCAGGCCAUGCCAGCUGUGUCCGUGCAUCAUGUGACGUCGCUGCAACAAGACACACCAAAUACCGCAGAGGAAAAUGUAAACGUCUCGUUUGUUUCUAGUGGACCGAAACGUGGGAUAAAUUGAAGCAUAUCGUGGGGGCUUGUUCUCGUUGUCGACACAAUUAUUGUGAAGAUGCACUACUCGCACUGUCUUCUCAAGUUGGCUAAGUGUGAGCUAAUGCUAGUUGGCUAACACAACAUUGACUGAGGCGCAAGCGGCGGAGCCACUCAGCAGCACGUCAGCCGACCAUCACCUCUGACAACCCCGGACGGAUUUGACGUGGGAACGCAUUGGGGCUUGAUGUUCGGCGAAGGACACUGUCUUGGGAAUUUCGAAGAUGGAAGAGUCUCUUGACCUAAAACACUUUCUAAAGUGUGGCGUCACUUUGGAGGGUUCGUUUCUCUGAUUUGGAUUAUUCUUGGCCAAGCAACGUCCGCAGGCCCACUAAUCCUAGACGAGUUUCUCAAUGGACACUCUGCUCAAGUCAGAAAUCAGAGACGAAGGAAGUGGUGCCUCGGUCAAGGUCGAGGGCCUUUCUAAGGCAGCUCUCAUCAAAAGUUUGUCUCCUCGAGUCAUGCUGUCCAACCAUCUCUUGCCUAAAGGGACCAAGAUGAAGGUCAACCUGGAUGAUCAGAGUCGUCAGAAAGUGUCCUUCAGCUUCUCGCAGACCAAGAAGCCACUGCAGAGCAUUUUUGUUAUCCCCUCAAGCCCCGAAAAGUCUGACACUGAACCUCACACUGCCUCAUCACAGCCCACAAUUGACAAAGGAAGGGCUUCUGACAGUAAAAAUGAACAAAAGCAGCAGCCUUGUGCAGUGCCAAUUUCAGCGGAACCGACAUCUUCCCAAGUUCCAAACUUUGCUGCUAAGCUGAAAAUGGACUUGGCUAAGAUGCAUUUCAAGAAGCAAAUUCUCAGUGUGUCUGUUACUAGAGAAAACCUAACAUCUGUUCUUCGGGAUGAGACACCCACCCCUAAUUUGCAGGUUUUGCAGAAAUCGCCAAGUAACAUUGAAACCAAAUUUUCAACUUUGCAGCAUCAGAACCCUGUAAGUGUCUUCCCUUCUGAGGAUAUUCACUGUCACUCAUCUGAGAGACGGACAGUAUCGAGUCUCGAGAAAUCUGCUGCAUCCUCAGGAAAAGAAGAGGAAAAUUCCACGACUGAACAGGAUACAAAUGUGUACAAAAGGAAAACCAGGUCACAAACCGACAGACGAACAGAGACCGACGAUCCAGUCCCGAUGUCUUCCAGACGCAAAUCCGUCGACUCCAAAAGUAAAACAAAUUUGGAAAACAGUCACAAAGCAGUAAUAAAAAGGUCUUCCCCUCGGUCAUGUGGGGAGGAAAAGGAAAAAAGCUCAUCAAAGCGAUCUGAGAAUCAUGAAAGGUCAACUAGUUAUACAAAAUCGGACCGUGAUUCUAGGUACACCUCGUCGCGGUCACUGCGAUCAGACAAAGAUCGUAGAAGAUCCAGAUCAAGGUCUAGAUCCAGGUCUAAAUCUAGAAGCUCUCGUACCAGCUCAUCUCACCCAAGAUCAGAGAGAUCGAGGGGUGAGAGAGGGUCCCGCUCAGACAGGUCUUACUAUCAUGAUUCCGAUCGCAGAUCAUACAGGGGUUCUCCACGAAGAGACAGACGACGAUCUCGUUCUCGCAACGACAGAACUCGGGACAGCUCGGACUCUGAAGAUGACCAUCGCAAGACGAGGACAAGGACAAGUGACUCUAGUCGAUCAUCCACCUAUUCAAAGUCCUCGUCCUACUUAAAAUCCGACAAAGGAUCUAAAUCUACGGAUUUGCCACAUUCGUCAGAGUUAUCUAAAAGAAGUCAAACCUCAUCUUCGACGUCAGAAAGGACUACUUCAAAGCGACUGUCAGACUCCGACCCCCAGCGCAAAAGCUCUCCAGGUGUGGAAGCCAGGCAUUAUAAAACUAGCAGCAGUCAUACAUUAGACACGAACAGAAAAUCCAUCUCAUCCACUCAACAUACCCGUGUGGAUAGUGAAAAACAUGAGCAUGAAAAUCGCCUGAAAAGCAGCGCAAGUGACACCGAGUCUGAUCAAAGGAAAAAAUCACUGGCAGGUUCCGUUUUAGAGGAAGCUUGUAUAGAAGAGAAAAUGGAUCGGCUUGACUCUAAACAGAACACCUGCUCCAGAUCUUCCGAGGAAACCAGUGAACACGAUAGACAAUCAAAAGACAUAUUUCAUGGCCCCAAUGAUGAACCAAAACACGAAGCUACUGUAAAAUCAUGUUUGCUCGGCGAAAAGGAAAAACACGGUGUAAAUUGUAUUGAAAAGCAAAGUCAGGAUGACCACCAGGAUAGCCAGUUGACAGAGACGCAUCAUAACAGGUUAGAUGGACCAAAAUCAAGCCUCGAAGUGGAGAAAGAAAUAGCACCGGCUGUCAGCUCAAAUGAGAGCAUGCUGCACAUAAAUGCCACCCUUGAAAAGCUAAACAAUAUGAAGGAUAUUUUUUCUCCUCAAAAUAUACCACAAGUGACUUCAAGUGCAACUGCUGUAAGUUUAUUCGCUAGUAGUGAUGUUAUAGUGCACAGCGUGGACAUGAAAGAUGUCGAAUCUUCUCAAGUUUCAACGCCUGCGCCUAAUGCAAUUGAUAUAGCUGCCGCGCCUGAUGCUCAGAUCUGUAAACCGGCGGAAGUGGUAUGUAAUGUGAUUGCCACUGAGCAGGCUAAAAAAAACGCACCUCUACCAUCAGAGCAGUUAUUUGAAACUGAGAAUCUGAAGACACUUGAACAAAGGGCGGACCACGCUAAACAGAGCAGUCCGACUAAAAAGUCUCGGUGGGAUAUUGUUGGGCAGAAUGGCCCAGGCAGCCAAGAGUCGCAGCAUACACUUUGCGCCGAACAACCGAAAAAGGUGGUCUGCGUGAAAAAAAUAGAAUUUUCCAAAAGCCAAAGUCAGAUAGAAAUAAUACAGAGCACGCAUUCCAUACCGGAGCAGGAGACGGAAAGGCCAAAGCAGGAAAAUAGUUACAACUAUGGCGAAUCAUCACAGGGUAUCACUGGCAUUGACCAUAAUCAGAAAGCGAACUUCGUGCAGCCUCUGUGCAACAGUGAUGCAACUCGGGUCAACAGUGUUGCAAAAGUGGGGAGAUGGAAUGGCAACGUUGAAGAGAAAUCUGACAAAAAUGCCCACACAAAUGAAUCAAAUAAUACAUUAGCUAGUCCAGAAGCUGGCGGAGGACAGAGCGAGGCCAGUGAUAGUGACAAUUCCGAGUACGACUCUGAUUGUGAUGAGGCAAUAAAACGACUGCACUCUGUUGUGGUUGUGCCAAAGAAUUCGACCGUAACAAGUGACUCACAUGACGCUGGGCCUUCUUCGUGCAGUCCAGUUAUUUCAGAAUCCCACAUUACAAAUGAUUUGGCCAAUGUGAGUAGUCAUGAAGUCCAAUAUCAAGUCAACUAUCAACAAAGACUAGAAGGUGUUUCGUACCACGCUGGUGCUCUUUGCCAAUCCCAAAGUAAUAUGAUUGAUAGCACGAGUCAUUUAGAGGGUUCCGGCGCUAUUGGUGUUUCACAGCCUUAUGGGACCUUUCCGACCAAUGUCCACCAAGGUGUCACUAAUUUCACACACAGCCUUGACGGUUCUGGACAUUACGCCCAACUGCAAGGUCAGCAUUAUGUUAACAAUAGCCAUGAAGUGAUGCACGCACAUUACCAACAUUCUGCCAGUGUUGACAGCAUCAAUGACUGCGGCGGAUUCACCCCAAGCUGGAGCGUUUCACAGCCAGAACAGCCCAGUAGUACAUAUCAACAGCCGGACAGCAGUCAUGGGCCAUUGUUACCCCAAUCUAAACUUUCAGAAACAUUUCCUAGCGCACAGCAGCAUGGACACCACGGUGUCUCUUGGAACCACCAAACCUCAGACAAGCAGAUCAGCAAAACUCCCUACCUCCAUCUUUAUCAGGAGCUUGCAGGUGAAAUCCACCCAGACUCACUCACGAAUGACCAUGACGAUUAUUGCCGGGCUAAGCCGUCCAUUCAAAGCAAAGCGACCGUCGACCUCAGUGAACCACUGGGGCCGUCGGGUUUUGUACAAGGUCACGAAAUAAGCAGCAACAGCAAGUGGUCCGCCGUGCCUGACCCACCGAGGGAGGACAUCUUCAAGACCCACAGAAGCCGGGGCCCUCCCAAGAAAAGACGGCCAGAGAUCGAAUCAGAUUCGGACAACGAGGCUGAAGCUGGACCCGCUGCCAAGAAGGAGCGCCAAGGAGACGUUGAGAAUGCGAAAGAAACUCAAGUCAAAGUUGAUGUGCUUCGCCCAUCACUCACUCUGCAGCACUUUCAAGACUCCAAUCGAUGGAAAGAGUUUGCCAAGACAAAGAAGAUGCCCCCAUAUUUUGACCUGAUUGAAGAGAAUCUAUACCUAACGGAACGAAAGAAGAGCAAAUCUCAUCGGGAUAUCAAGAGGAUGCAGUGCGAGUGCCCAGUGCUGCCUAAACAGGACCGGUUAAGGGGAAUAUUGGCGUGCGGGGAGGACUGUUUAAAUAGGCUGCUGAUGAUUGAAUGCUCAUCACGGUGCCUGAAUGGACACUAUUGCUCAAAUCGACGCUUUCAAAUGAAGCAGCACGCCGACUUUGAAGUCAUCCUCACCGAAGACAAGGGCUGGGGGCUCCGUGCAGCAAAGGACUUGCCUUCAAAUACCUUUGUGCUAGAAUACUGCGGGGAAGUGUUGGACCACAAAGAGUUCAAAAUAAGAGUAAAAGAAUAUGCACGUAACAAGAACAUCCACUACUAUUUCAUGGCUCUAAAGAAUAAUGAGAUCAUCGAUGCAACACUGAAGGGUAAUUGCUCUCGCUUUAUGAACCAUAGUUGUGAGCCCAACUGUGAGACCCAAAAGUGGACAGUCAAUGGCCAGCUUAGAGUCGGGUUCUUCACCACCAAGGCAGUCAGUGCAGGAACCGAACUGACAUUUGAUUACCAGUUUCAGAGAUACGGGAAAGAAGCCCAGAAGUGCUUCUGUGGAGCUCCCAGCUGCAGAGGCUUCCUGGGGGGGGAGAACAGAGUCAGUGUCCGUGCAGCUGGAGGGAAGAUGAAGAAAGACCGGACUCGAAAGAACGCUCUCACCACAGUUGAUGAGGAAUUGGAGGCGUUACUAGAGAAUGGCGAAGGGCUCUACGAUGGGAAACAAGUGGUGUCACUGUGCAGGCUUAUGGUUCGCGUGGAAAACAUGGAACAGAAACUCACCUGUCUCAAGCUCAUACACGACACACAGAAUCCAUCAUGUUUGAAGCAGUUCUUAGAUCAUCACGGCUUGUCUUUGCUUUGGAUCUUCAUGGUUGAGAUUUCUGAAGCAAAGGGCAACUGCGCUAAUAACAUCAAGCUACAAUCCGAGAUUAUGAAGACCUUGGCUGUGCUACCCAUCUCCACUAAGAACAUGCUGGAAGAGAGUAAAGUCCUGACCUUCAUUCAGCGAUGGGCCCAAACAAAAGCACUCCCUCAGCCCACUGAGAUGGACGGUUACUCAAGUGAGAACACUUCUCGUGCUCAGACGCCCCUCAACACCCCCGAUGGUUCCUCCUCCAAAUUGGGACCAGAAUGUGACAGGGACACCUCCAAACCAGCUGUGGACCGCCGCCUUAAAAUCAUCAGUGAAAACAGUCUGGACAGUGCGCUCUCAGAUGCCAGCAAAGCAUCUGAUGGCAAGGAGGAGGAAGAGGAAGAAGAUGAUGAGGAAGAAGACGAGUCUGCUCAGAGUGUACUACCCGAUGACAAACAACAUAAGGCAGACACGGUCAAUGACGCCUCGAAUCCAGUGAGAGACAGUCCAGACGAGGAGGUGAAAGACACCAAAGUGCAGAAACCGGAAGAGACAGAAAUGGCUUCAGAUAGAGGGGAACAAAUUCAUGUUGAAGAGGUAAAAGACCAAAUUGAGUUGGAGGUUAAAGUGGACAUCAAUGUCAAACCGGAGAUGGAAUUUGAGGUCUCUGACAAACCUAGUGGAGAAGAGCUGACUAUCCAGGCACCAAUAGAAAUGCCCGAAGUAGAAGGUGACCAGCCUACAGUUGAGAUUCAGGACCCAGAGAUCGAGUCAGUUCAAAUCAAUAUUCCUCAGGCUCUAACGGAACAGCCUGCCGAGCAGGUGGUAGCCAAGACUGAAACACCGGAGGCUGAAAAUCCUCCUAUUGGCUCAGAGGCCCAACUGGAUGCACCUGCCCCUGUUGCUCCCUCAAGUUCUGACACCCCAGAGGUCAGUCUGCCCACUGAAGACACACCAGCACCUGCAGAUACGCCAGCCAUUGAAACGCCUUCUCAGGAUGAAGAGGAAGGUGUUUCCGACGUGGAGAGUGAGCGGAGUCAAGAGCCCCAAGUCAGCGCUUUGGACAUUAGCAGCAUGGCAGCCAGGCUUUUGGAAAGUUGGAAGGAUCUCAAGGAGGUGUACAGAAUACCAAAGAAGAGUCAGGUAGAAAAGGAAGCCAACGAUCGCAGCCGAGAUCGCGACACAACUUUGACUCCACGCAACACCUCAGGUAGUCGAGAGCGUGAAAGGGAGCGUGAAAAGGAUCGCGACCGGGACAGAGACCAUGACCGGGAUUGGGAAAGGGAUAGGGAGCGAGACAGGGAUCGGGAGAGAGAAAGGGACCGGGACAGGGAGCGUGAUCGAGACAAAACCCCACGCAGCACUGAGAGACGGAGGCGACGAUCCACAUCACCACCCCCCUCCUAUGAGCGGAGCACUCGGCGCACUGAGGAACGGUUCGACCCGUCAAAGACACCGAGGGGUGUUAGCGGCAAGGAGCGCAACAAGCUGUCUACAGAGGAACGCAGGAAGCUGUUUGAGCAGGAGGUCGCUCAGCGGGAAGCCCAGAAACAGCAACAACAGCUGCAGCAGCAACAACAGCAGCAGCAGCAGCAGCAACAGCAGCAACAGCUCCAAACUAUGGCCUAUGACCCUGCCUUGGCCUAUGCCUCCACUUCUGGCUUCAUCACCUACCCACCUGGAUACCCCCUCCAUACAUUUGUGGAUCCCACCAACCCCAACGCAGGCAAAGUACUACUACCCACCCCUACAGCUGACCCCACCAUGACCUAUGAACAGACUACUCCCCAAAGACUUGUCUCAGAGCUUGGGCUUCCCUCGCCAUCAUCCACUUCACAAGCCACUCCUGUUUCUAAUAUCUCUCAGCACAUCACCACCGCCAACCACACGCCUGCAGACACCCAGCAGUAUGCCCAGCCCGCCGUCGCAGCCCAGGAUUCGAGCGUGUCUGUCCUCUCCGUGCCCGCCCAGACGGCGCCCCAGAUCCAGGGCCAGCAGGGCUACGCCACUCUGUGGGACCCCGCCACGCAGCAGGCAGUGACUGUGCAGACGCAGCCAGCGCAGCAGUACGCCACGGCCCCGGCGCAGGGCGCCACACAAACGGCUAUCUACUACCAAGGCCAGCCGUGCCAAACUAUCUACAGCAUCCCCACCGCAUACCCUCAGACCAGCACGCCAGCCAUACAGGCGUACUCCGACCCCUCAGCCAGCUAUUUGCACGGCCAGACGGUGUAUCCUGGCCAUCAGCAGGGCGUGGUGGUGCAGCAGGGAGGCACAGUCACCACCAUCGUUACCUCCCAAACUGUCCAGCAGGAAAUGAUCGUACCCAACAAUGUGAUAGAUCUGCCUCCCCCCUCUCCCCCGAAACCCAAAACUAUCGUUCUACCUCCCAACUGGAAAGUGGCACGGGACCCUGAAGGGAAAAUCUACUAUUACCAUAUUGGGACAAGGCAAACUCAGUGGGAUCCUCCAACAUGGGACGGAAGUAGCGACACCAAUCUGGACCAUGACUCAGAGAUGGACCUGGGCACUCCCACCUAUGAUGAAAAUCCUUCCAAGUUCUCAACCAAAACAGCUGAAGCAGACACUUCAAGUGAAUUGGCCAAAAAAAGUAAAGAGUCAUUCCGCAAAGAGAUGUCCCAGUUUAUUGUGCAAUGUUUAAAUCCUUAUCGAAAACCAGACUGCAAACACGGCCGCAUCAGCAACACUGAAGACUUCAAACACCUGGCAAGAAAGCUAACCCACGGCGUCAUGAACAAGGAACUCAAGGCGUGCACCAACCCGGAGGACCUGGACUGCAACGAGAACGUCAAGCACAAGACCAAGGAAUACAUCAAGAAGUACAUGCAGAGGUUCGGCGCCGUCUACAGGCCCAAGGAGGACACGGAAGUCUACUGAGCGCACACGUUUGCCUUUUCCCACCCGCGACCUCCCAUUGCGCUUUAUUUACGAUGCGACGUUGAAUCCCGGGGACGGACAGGGGUGCUACAUGCAAUCUCCGUGAACUGUUUUAGUUCAUUUGAUUUGUGGUUUUAAACGGCUGUGAAUGAAGAACGAGCCAACUUUGUUUCUUUGACACGUUCCACUGUCGAAAAUGGAUCAAUGAACAGUCUGCUUCAUUUUCUGGUGCUGCUUUUUAACCGCGGAGGUCCAAGCUUCCACUCGUCGAAACGCCUGCAGGACUUUAGCGAGCCGCUUCCGAGCGUCGUUUGGCUCGAGGUCCACAGUGUGUGCUGGUCAUCCAUAUUUUGUCAUGCAUUGUCUUUUUAUCUGUUCCGUCAGUUACGAUGUCAGGAGCAUGGUUUGAUUACUAUGUACCGCG